AGACAAAAAACGACAACUCGUCUCUAGUAGAGCAGCAGAAUAAGUCCGUAUUUGGGUGUGGAAAGGAGUAAUAUUCUUCUUCUUCUUCUCCUCGAUCACAUCACACUUAAAGUACCUGUCAUAUACUGGGACGUCCUGCUUGGUUCUCAAAGGAGUUGUGUUUUCUGUGCCUGUCGCCAUUGCUUAGUACAGAAGGGCUGAGAAUAAGUUGAGUUUAAAUUCUGGAAAGACAUUAGCGGUGAAUAUCGUUAGUGCAGAGACAGAAAACCCCAGUUUUACUUCUUGUGAUCGAACAUACAACUCUGCACCACUUCAGUUUUUUACCACGCUCAUCGGAGUAUUAAAGAUUGACACGCCCAGUACAGAAUGCAAGGCGCCCGAGCUCAGCAUGCCAGUGGCCAGAUGCUCGCAGCCCCAGGCGUCGCCGUUUACGUCCGUGGUGAGCGCCCUGCUACUGCUGCUGCCGCUGUUGCUGUCUGCGCUGUGCUGUGUGGCCGGCGCCGUCGACUUCAAGUACCACAACCAGAGGCGCCUGGAGGCGACGCUGUACGACCUUCAGGACCGGUACCCGAACCUCACCUAUGUCUACUCCAUAGGGAAGAGUGUUAGAGGCGGUGGGCCGAGAGAUGCUUAUCCACCUGGCUGAGCACUACCUGCUCUCCUACGGCCGCAACGCCACGCUGACCGAGUUCCUGGACACGACGCGCGUGCACCUCAUGCCCAGCAUGAAUCCGGACGGCUUCGCCAGCUCCCGGAAGGGAGGGUGUACUGGCGUCAUGGGCAGGAGCAAUGCCAUGGGCUACGACUUGAACCGCAACUUCCCGGACUAUAUAGUGGGCAACGACGUGCCGGAGCAGAAGGAGACAAGCCUGGUGCGCCGCUGGAUCCACGAGACGCCCUUCGUGCUAUCGGCCAACCUGCACGGCGGGGCCAUGGUGGCCAACUACCCGUUUGACUACUCCCCGGCCGACAUCUACGCCCAGGAAUACUCCCGCAGUCCUGACGACGACGUGUUCAUCCACCUGGCCUUGACCUACUCCCGCACACACCCGACCAUGCACCUGGGCUCCUCCUGCCAGGAUGAGUUCCCCGACGGGAUCGUCAACGGCGCCAACUGGUACCCUGUGGUCGGCGGCAUGCAGGAUUACAUGUACCGACACGCCAGUGGCUACGAGGUUCUGGUGGAGAUGUCCUGCUGCAAGUUCCCGCCCCCAGCCCAGCUGGAACGUCUCUGGGCAGACAACAAGGACGCUCUCAUCAACUUCUUGCUGCAGGUCCACAUGGGAGUGAGAGGCAUCAUCUACGGCCAGCCAGCUGACGGCGAGAGUGAGUACAACCUGGUGGAGGGGGCCACAGUGACCGUCAAAGGCCGCGAGGCGGUGCCUUUCUGGUCGUCGAGGUUUGGGGAGUACUACAAGCUCUUGCUGCCAGGGGAUUAUGUCCUGCAGGUGAGCAGUCCCGGCUACGAGAACGUGUCCUCCCCCUUCUCCGUCUCCGACUCAGGGGUCACCCGACUGGACAUCAGACUGGUCCGCAGCAGCAGUCCCAACACCUCUUACCUGGAUGACUCGCCGGACGCACGCUCCGAGACAGGCACCACCCACGACGGGCGAGGUAUCAGUGAGAGAGACCAGUCAGACAGCGCUGGCUCUUCCAGACCCCAAUUUAAUGAGGCAGGGCUGGGCCCACGGGACACUUCAGAACAGACAUCUGAUAACAACAACAACAACAACAACAACAACAGAAACGAGCUCGGUGAAAACUCAGCUGACAAGCUUUCAGCUACGAGCCACGCUGUGGCCUUGUCUUUAUUAUAUUGUACAAUUUGUUUUUUUUUCCAUCUUUGACAUUUAUCCUUUUAGACUCUAUCGAUUAUGUUGUAAUUAUGACUUUGAUUUUGAUCACAUUGUUUUUAUCCUGACAUGGCUUAGUCCAAAAAUACAUGGUCUGUUUAGCACUCAUUGUAAAGUUAUUGGGUUUUUUAUUUCUAUUGAAUCCACAGAAAAAUUUCUGGCAUUUCCAGAGUUUUCAGAUUAACUUUUUACAAAUUGCCUAUAAUAUCAAGCCACAUAAUUUUAGCUUUGCAACUUAAUUUUUUUUUGUCACUGUAGGUUGGUAGUUUUGCAUUCAUUCUCGUUUACUUCAGGGUAUAUGACUGGACAAAGUUAAAGCUAUGGAAAUUUUGUUUGCUUUUUCAUUGGUGAAAGGGAAUCAUUUUGUAUGGGUUUUUUUCUAGUUUAGAAAGACUGCUCAGUCUUCUGAGUUUGUCACUAGAAAUUUCCCUGUGAGAACUUUCUUGAUAUUUAGGUUCUCUAAGUGCUACAAGGCCUGAAUGUUAUGUUGAAUUUGCUUGCCAUAUAAUGCUAUAUGAUUUGACAUGCUCGAUUUCUGUUCUCUCCAUUACCAUAAUAUUCAUGUUAUGUAUUACAUUUAUUGUACCUUGGAAUUUUCAUACCUAAUAUAAAAAUUCUGGUUUCUGUAGCAUUGGGAUAAGUUUGAGUAAAGAGAACCGCAUGAACGGUUCAAGAAACAACACAGGGAAAGAAAAGAAGUAAAAUCUACCCGGGUGACCCUCACUCAACCAACCUGCUUUGCAGUAGCAACAGAGGGCAGGUCUUGUAAGGGACUGAACUGGAAUUUAAACUGUCUUCUGUAUCAAGAAAGGCAUUAAUUCAAAACCAUGUUCACUUGUUUGAGUAAAGAGAGGCACAUCAACACUAUAAAAGUCAUUUAGUGCAGAGGAAAAAAGCAAGGAAAAUAGACAAAAACAAGAGAGUGAAAGAAAAGAAAAAGAAUCUACCAACAGCGCCCUUCAACCAUCCACACUUACAAACCACGACUAAAGAAAAAAAUAAAACAAAAAAAGACUGACUGGCUUAAUUAAGAAUUGCAUUAUGAAAGUUGAACCAAACAAGAAGUAAAGUGGAGCUACACUUUCACAAUUAUGCUUAAACCAGGUGCAGUUUAUGCCGUAUGUAUAUUGUACAGGAUUGUAUUACAUGUUCAUGAUUUAUACUUGCUCUGUACGUGCACAGGGCGGUUGAAUGUUGACUGAUAACGAAGAGAGUAUUACAACGAAUAGAGAUGCUCAAAACUUUCAGAAAGAUGGUUUCUUGUUUGAGGAGGGGUUGUUUUUUUUUAAUAUGUAAAAUCUUCAGUUUUUUGUUUAUAAACGGUCUCCAUCACAGAAGGUUUACUGAGAAUAUUCCAAAGUAAUAGCUACGGUGAUAUAUAUGUUAUUCAUUUUGAUUUAUUUGUACAUGUGUCUAUGUACAAGUCAGUGUUCCGCUUGUAAAACACUGAACAGUUUUUCCACAGAUAUCGUGUGUCCCUCACUCUUUCAGUACUCAAGGGAUUCCACAAUUUUAUGCACCCUGUGACGAAAGGUACUAUAAUGAUAUGAUAUGAUAUAGAUUGUGAAAUGUGAGACAAUUCAUCUACGUUGAGCGGGUGGCUUAAUUUAUUUAGGAAGUGAAAGUAGGGCGAUACAAGGUAUGCGCAUGUCUAGUAUGAGAGCCAUUAAUUACUGUUAGUUUAGUUUCGUAUUGUAGGCAAUCAUAUCACUUCUCCAAGUUACCUUUCUGAUCACACCACUUCCCACCAUGCUGUCAAGCUCUUCUUUGAUCGUGUCUCUGAGAGCAAUCAGAGUUUUCCUUGGUGCGUCGAUGUGUGGCAGGACGUCUGGAUCCACCACUAGCUAGACGGGGCUAGGCAUCUUACCGAUUCUGUCGAACUGUUCUAGAUGGUCUUUCAUCAAGUCCUGGACGCAAAUGAUCUUGUUUUUGGCGGAUGGGGGUGACGCUGAAAGGCUGCCUGCAGUGCAGUGUCACUGCUUUCAACUUUUCGCUUGACGGCAGUCCAAUAAGGGCAGGUCCUUCAUGUCUAUGAUGUAGAAUCCCGUUUCCUGCCACUGGCCUCUGUAGCGACAAGGAAAAACUAUCUUGCCAAGGCAGGGAAUGUCUGUGCCGUUGUAGGCAGUCAGCCUUGUGCUGCCUUUCUCUUAUAAGAUCUGUUUGGCUGGGGUUCCCUCUGUUGUCAGCUGCUCAGAGAACAUGUCCCCUAAACAUGUGCAGGGGCAGCGUGUUCUCCCGUGGUCCUGUGUCGACCUAGACAAUGAUAUUGUGUUGCCCAGCUCUGUUUGGAAGGUGUAUUUUGUGCUUGACGAAUGCUUCGUCGUGUUGGUGGGACAAUGAAGAAACUGAAGAGAUGGUGACAGGGCUGAAUGUUCGGUCGUCAAAGUUCUCUUAGUGGAUUUCAGCCUGCAUCGCCUUGAUUUUUGCCUCUAGCGGCUUCCGCUUAUGUCCUCCACCUCGGCUGACUGAUCCACCACAUCGAUGCCUGCGUCCGUGUGAAGACUGGUCCCGCCCGGAACGGCAAACUUUGGCAAAGGAGUUAGUUUUGCCGCAGGUACAGCAGGUAAUACCAUUGGCUGGGCUUUCCCGUUGUUUUUGCUGCCCUCCGCAGUUUCUGCAAGGAGGACGAGUGCUGGAUUUGAUGGCGCUGGUGCUGGCAGAGUCUGCCAUUGUAGCUACUGUACGUGUGAUGCAGUAGCCUCGAAUGUACGACCCAUCUUUAUCAGGUCAGCCAACUUGACACCCUUUUGCUGUUCAAGAAGUUUCCUUUGAAAGUCUCCGGUGGGUGUUCUUAAAAUGAUUAACUCGAUCAGUCUCUUUUCCAGUUCUGCCACAUUGUCAAAUGCACACCUUUGUGCCUGGAGCUGCGCCCUUGUCACAAAGUCAUCUAGUGACUCUGAUUUGACCUGCCUCAUGCUCAUGAGUUUGAGUCUACUCAUACGAAAGCGUUCAACCGGCUCGAUUUGUUCACCCACUUUUUGGAAUACAAUAUCUGGAUCUUUCUUUUCAGCGUCUGUGAGUGUCAUGGCGUUAAACAUCCAAAGGCCUUUCUUACCAAUUUGAAGGAGUCAAAGGCCUUUCUUACCAAUUUGAAGGAGUAUGUGGACGACUUGGUCGUCUUUAUGCACCUUCUUUGUUUCAAAAUAGAGUUUGAGUCUUUGUUUUAACAUUUUGAAGGAAUCUGCCUCGAUUUUGCUUUCCCACAUCAUCUCGGAAAUCUGCUGUAAGGGCAUAUUGACUGUUAUUGACCGAUUUUGAUUAGAUCUAACUACUUGCUCGAGCGGAUGUGGCUAUGAACUUACAAACAACGGUUUAUUCGGUCCCAAAAGUCUGAUUGUAGGCUUCUACUUCAAGCUAGAGUCACAUCACGGGGACUGGAUCUGCUGCUUGUUUAUUUUUACCGCUGCCACCAUAUAAUGAUAUGAUAAUUGUGAACAGUGUGAGACGAUUCAUCUACGUUGAACGGGUAGCCUAGUUUAUUUAAAAAGUCAAAGUAGGGCGAUGCAAGGUAUGUGCAUGCGCAGUAUGAGAGCCGUUAAUUACUGUUAAUUUAGUUUCAUAUUGUAGGCAAUCAUAUCACUGAUAUUAUCUUAAAACGGCCUUUAAUUCAGUCUAGUAUUGAUGGAUUUGUUCGUGUGAGCACUCAAACUAUUUGUAAAUAGAUUGAAUAAUCACAAUAUGGG